AUGAUUCGAUUUACUAUUUUGGUGAUUCUCCUAAUAUGUUUUAAUUUUAUAUAUUCACAUAAAAAUGCAUGGCUUCCACAACAUUGGUAUGGAGGGAAUUCGGAAACUAUUAGAUCAGGGGUUGUUCAAGAAUGGAAUCCACCACCAGUUAUGAAUAUUGGUACGGUAGCUCCACAUAUUUGCGGUUUCAACACUUUUACAAGGUAGAUCAACAGGUUUUCUGUGGGGGGAAAAUUUUCUGACAAAAAACUUUUUCAGAAGAUGUAUGGAUCCUGAAGGCUUCUGUCCUGGACGCUGUAUGAAUUUUCGGUACACUUAUAACACUUUAUAUGAUUGUCGAUGUCUUGCGAUCUGA